UGGACACAAACCUCAUCUCAUAACAUCCCUACCUGGAAGGUAAGUGCGGCAUGGCGCGUGUUUCUUCCUUCAGGGAAUAAACGGAGAACUUUAUCCGUUAUUUGCUCACCGGAGAGCGGAUUCUGAGGCAGGAAGGUAGUUUCCUCCCGCCACCAGAAGCUGUUUACCUGAUCAGAGCUCUGUCUGUCCUGGCAGACCCAUAAUGUCCACCUCCAAGACCGGCAAGCACGGACAUGCCAAGGUUAACCUGGUUGGAAUUGACAUGUUCACCAACAAGAAGUAUGAAGAUAUGUGCCCCUCCACCCACAACAUGGAUGUUCCCUCCAUCAAGAGGACAGAUUAUCAGAGGAUUGCUGCAUCCUCUUGCACUGAGCAGAUGGAAAAGAAGGAAUCCCGGUGGAAGAGCUCACUAGCAAAUCUACAGUCUGAGCCUGACGUGAAGAAAAUUGAUGACCUUGUUUUCAAUCCAAAAACUAAGAUUGCAGAUGGAUGCAGUGGGACACAAGUCUUUCCAGGACUCUUCUGCGACUGUCCUGUGGCAGUAAAACGAGUUCUUAAACAUGUUGCCAAAACUGAAUUGAAAAUGGCAAACUUUCUAAGUUCAGAAAAAUUAAAGAUGAAACAUUUGUUGCAGCCCCUUGCUGUGUUGGAAGACUCAUACUUUGGCUAUUUUGCCUACCCUCUUUGUGAAUAUAAUCUGAAAGACUUGAUUGAAAAAAAGGAUUUUCCUGAGAGACAAAACCUGACUGACCAGUGGAGACUGGGAAUCUGCCAGGAGUUAUUGCUGGGACUUCAGGAACUCCACUCACAUGGGAUUUUGCACAGAGAUCUGAAGCCUGAAAACAUCCUGUUUGAUAUAAACAAUAAGUUGUAUAUUGGAGACUUUGGUGCAAGCAGAAAACUAGAUCCAGCACAAACCAUCAUGUUUUCACAAAUGUACUGGAUUAGUUAUGAGUGUGCUGAAGAAAACCAAUACAAGAAGGAGUCAGAAGUCCAGGUUGCGGGAUGCUUGGUGCAUUACAUCCUGACAGAUGGCCAACAUCCCUUUCAAACAACAACACCAUACUUCAGGAAUCCCUUUGGGAUAUUGGAUAAUGUCCGAACGGGCAACUUUAACCUUAAAUGUGAGGAAAACUGGAGCAGCCAAAAAGAUAUAAUUUCCCGGAUGCUGAGUAGAUCUAUUGAAGAACGUCCCUCCAUUGAAGAAGCCCUUCAGGUAUUCAUGUGUUUGACACAUCAGCCUGAUUAUACUGGAAAUACAAACAACGCUGGGUUUGAGAAGCAAAGUAAAGUAAGUAAUUCUUUUCAGGAUGGACCCCAUUCAACAAAUUUCUGCAUUGAAACCUUUGACAUGAACCUUGCAGAGAGUCUGGUGACAGAUUUGCCUGACAUUACUGCCAGUAAUCCCCUGCCUUCAUCUCCAUCGACAGACGAGGAAUGUUAUGAGAUUGAGACGAAUCCUGAAGAACAAUUUUCCCUUUCUCUGGAAAUGUCAGAAGAUGAACAAGUGGAUGAUGACCCACAAGCUGAGGAAGAAGAAACUACAGAAACUGUAGUAAUCCACAGAAAACCGUCUUCUAAAACUAAGCAGUGCUCAAAAAAAAGCAACUCUCAACAAUAUAACAUCACAGUUAAAAUGUCUUCAAACACUGCAGAUCAACGUGUCUAUGACAAGAGGAACUAUUGUCUUUACUGUAAGAAUCCUUAUGCCAAACUAACAAGACAUCUGAAGCAGAAGCAUUCAGACAAAUCUGAUGUGGCUAAGGCGCUUGUGCACAAGCAAGGCUCAACGAUGCACUCUUUGCUGUUGACCAAAGUAAAAAACCUGGGAAACUACCACCACAACUGCUCUGUUCUGUCUUCUGGAAAGGGACAAAUCAUACCUAAAAGGCAAGCAACCCGUCAAUCAGUUGCAACCGACUACGUACCUUGCAAGUUUUGCUUUGGUAUGUAUGUCAAGAAAGAUCUCCCGAGACAUCAUAAGCGUUGCAAGCUGAAGUUGAAAGAAGGAUGGUGAACGCCGUUCUUUAUCUGUUCCAUUUGAUUGACUUGUGACAUUUGAUUAUUUUCACCAAAUCUCAUUAUUUCUUAAGGUCGUAACACUGAGGGGUUUUGGUUGAGUCCUGAAACUUGUUGACGGACCUUAGUGGCGCACAGAGGGGAAAAUGUGUGAACAACAGGGUUAUUUUAUUAAAUUGUCUUAAAAAU